UGACCUGGCGUGGUUUCGUGCGUUCUCUUCACGAUUUGCACACCGUGCUCUUGAUUACGGUAACCCGCUAACACGCCCAAUUUCACAUUUUUCUUCAUCAUAUCAUAUUUCUAAAUGUGUGAUUCUCUUCUUAAUAAUAAUUGUACUGUGAUAAAUUGAUAAUUACAUUUGCAUAAGGACGAAAACCAAUUUCGGAAAUAUCUACUGAUAAUACUAAAGCGUAUUGGAGACAGUGACGAAAGCGCGAGACAGCGGCGUCCGCACUACGUGUUUAUAAAUUAUUGUUUGACUUAUUAUCAAAAACAAUAUGGAAAUAUUUAAUAUUGGGGAUGAUUGAUGAGAUCCAACGUGGAACGACUGAAUACAUCUUGGAAACCACAAUUUUUCAGGAACCUGAGAAUAACAGUAAAAGAACUCCCUCCCAUUUGGCACUCUUGGCGUAGUUACCUGCAGCCGAAUUAGACCUGAUAAUCAAAUUGAAAAAAACCAAUCAGGGUCGAUCAACAUGUCCAGUACCCCCACCUCACAGAGUCAGCAACAGGUUAAACAGCAACCCAUCAAUGUUGCUGCACAGCCACAGGUCGUCACGAUGCCUGUGGGCGCAGGAGUAACCGCCCAACAGCUCCAGCAGCAUCUUCUGCAGCAGCAGGCGACUUCGCAGCUGGUCGCAGCGGCAAAUCAAAAUUUGACAGGGUACAACGUGGUGCAGGCACCCGGUGGCGUUCAGACGUUGAACGUCGAUGGACAUGAAACUAUAUUUAUUCCGGCCAUGAGCUUAGCAGGUGGACAACAAUCUCAACAAAUCUUUAGUCCUGGCCAAAUUCUAAGAGCUCCAGCGGGAGUGACCAUACCUACGUCCACUGCCAAUAUUCCAGUUCAGUUAUCUAACGGUCAAGGCAUACAGGUUCGGCCUACGCUACAGUCUCAAGUUUUCCAAUUUCCAAUGCAACAAACUAUACCUGUUCAAGUGCCAAUUUCAUCGGGAAACGGCCAGACUAUUUAUCAAACCAUUCAUUUUCCCGUUCAGUUCGCUGCGGCAUCAGCUGUACCCAAUAUUAUACAAGCCGCUCAACCUCAGAUAAUUCCUCAAAUAGCGAACAUUUUAACUCCAUCUGGACAAAUCCAACAGAUUCAGAUAGCAACGACUAUGCCCCAGCAAGCACAACAGCAACCACAACCUGCUCCUACUCCAUCAGUGUCUGUUGGACAACAGCAAAUUGUCGGGUCAGGAGAUGCAGGAACUCAAUUAACAUUUACAGCUGCUAACGGUCAACAGUUCACACUACCGGUGUCCAAUUUGCAAAACAUUCAGCAAGUGAGGACUGUCGGUAAUAUUGGUGGCUUAGGGAACUAUAUCCAACUACCUAAUAUACAAACGGCUACCGUUCCUACAAUACAACAUAUUCCAGGUUUAGGAAAUGUUCAAGUAGUGACUCAAGCUCCCCAACUAACCACCGGGCAACACAUCCAACAGGAUCCAAAUGAUCCAACAAAGUGGCAAAUUGUCCCUCAUAUUACUACUGCGGCUGCUACUCCACAACCCGUUCAGGUUGCAACUCCUAUAAGUGUAACAACGGUAGAGACCGCUCAGCCCGCGGCUCCCGCCACUCCGGACAAUGAGUCAGAAAAACCGAGAGUUCGUAGGGUCGCGUGUACCUGUCCGAAUUGCCAGGAUGGAAAACGAGACUCGGACAGAAAAAAACAGCACGUCUGCCAUAUUCCAGGGUGUAAUAAGGUUUACGGAAAGUGCAGUCACUUGCGGGCUCAUCUGCGAUGGCAUACAGGGGAGAGACCGUUCGUGUGUAAUUGGUUGUUUUGCGGCAAGAAGUUUACCCGUUCAGACGAGCUGCAACGUCACAAAAGAACCCACACCGGAGAAAAACGGUUUCAAUGCGGAGAAUGCAAUAAGAAAUUUAUGCGAUCCGACCAUUUGUCGAAACAUUUGAAGACUCAUCAGAAACUAAAACUGACAGCCCUAGAAAAGGAGGAGAACGAAGAAGAAGUCUGGGAAAUUCAGGACGAGCCGGCACCUCCGCUGGAAGAACAAGAUUCCAAAGUCUGGAUCACCGAUAGUAAGAAUAACAUCAAAUAUUCGAUAACCCACUUGAAUUACUCAGAUUAUAAGGAGGCAGCGACUUCAACUCAACAAUCGGCCUCCUCGGAAAGUUCAAAUGACGAUCAGAAAAUGAUGAUAACAAUCAGCGCGGCCGAAACUGACGAGCUCAUCAUCGCUGACCAGAUGGAGAGCUGAGAUGGUGCCAUAGUUUACGUCGUAAACUGUUCGAAAAUUUAAAUAUUAUGUAAAUAAUCAAUUAAUAUAUAGUUGCCUUAUUAGGUUCAAAUUUAAAAUGUGUGUGACACUCUAUAACUAAUAGUGUUAUGCAGAUUGAUGCACGGCUGUGACUAAAUAUAUUAUGUAGCUGUAAAUAAGCGAUUACACGAAUGUUAUAUAAGUCGAUUUUUUAAAUAUAUGCCUGUUUUUAUAA